UGGUCCUGUGCCGCCUGUGUGCAUUCCGCAUGGUGGACGAUAAAUAUUGGACGAAAAGCCCCAAAGCAAACGUCAGCAGGUAAAGGGGAAGAACGUUCAGCGGCGUGAGGCAGUUUAACAGAAAAAUAAAUGCAAUAGGAUCGAACGAAUAGGCAUUGUCGUUAUACUCUGCGCGGCUCGGAAACAUUAGGCCAGCAGAAGGAAUGAAAGAGCUCUACCGGGUUCUUAAUGAUAUUGACAACACCGCCAGCAAUAUGGAGUUUUGUGAAGAUUUUAAUAAACUACAGCUCAUCUUGAACAACACCAACCAGUUUGUCCGGUCAUUCGAUAAAAUCGUCUUCGAUAGCGGAAACGAACCGUACAUUAUUGAGAUUGUUGCCCGGUUGUUGCGGUACUUGCGUAAGCAGAAUUAUCUUGAUGCGAAUAAUAAGGUAAUUGGUCACCAUGAGACGCAGCUCCGCAAGAUCACAAUGUACCUGUUUUUGAACACGGACACUUCGUUCCUGUAUGAUUUGACGCAAGAUGGGCGUGUUGGGCAGCUGCUCGGCACGGCUCCUCAGCUCAGCAAGUGUUUGCUACUGAACUGCAUCUGGGGCCUUGAUCUUGAUCGUUUCCUAUACGAAAUGGUAUCAUACUCGCCGCUCUGGUUCUCCAUGCAGUUUCUCCACCAGACCGUGACCAGUCUUAAGUACGCAAAACCGUACGAGCUGCUCGAGCGGAUUGAGGCACUAGUACGAUCGAUCCAUCUGGCAAUAUACCGCAACGAUCGGGACUGGCGCAAAAUCGAUCGGAACCGAUACGUCGAGCAUGUGCGUACGCUUGACCGAAUGACCGAGCAUGUUGCCGCCCUGCUGUACUACGUGAAUACACCAGACGCGUCAAAGUUCGAGGGAUGGUCGAAACUGCGCAAACAUCGUUACUUCGGCUAUGUGCUAAAGCACCUCUUCAGCAUGAUUAUCGCGUGCCUGAAUACGUUUACCGGUGAGCCACCAGUGGAACUUCCAGACAGUGAAACACUGGCGAUGUACGAUCUGUUUGAGGAAAGCAAAAAAUUGGCAACAGCUCGGUCAACCGCCCCAGAAUUAACAUCAGCCACUCGGAAGAGGAUGCUGGCGAUUCACAACAUAGCAUUGAACACGCUGGAAACCUGCAUCUCAGACGUCAGCAUUGAUCGCUUUCUUUACUGGUCCGAAAUCGAUCUGUUUAGCGAGGGUGAUGAGACGGUCACGCUGCAGCAAGUAAUCGGCGAGUCGGCCUACCAUCUCACGAAGCAGCUCAAGUCAGUGCAACAGCACCGUUGCCAUAAAGUUAUUUGCCGCCUGGCCCACUUUGUUGUGCGACCAAAGUCGAUGGCUGAGAAGGCAGAUGCAAUGAACCUAGGGCUGCUAAUGUUAAAGAUCGAUAGCGCCACUGCUGAAAGCGAGAGGCUGAUUUACCUCACUUCAUUCAUGGAACGCGCAGAGCUGGUGUUUGGUAACGCAGAGUGUUUAGCAUUUGUAGAGCAGCAUUUGUCCCUGCUGAAUGAAAAACAUGUCCGUAUGAUGAUCGAAUACGACACGAGCGAACCCGUUGGGGAAGGGCUGCAGUAUAGAGAAGAUGAGGUGCCGGAAGAACGUGUUAAGCUUCGUGAGCUCAUCCUGCUGCGGGUUCAGGAACUGCCGCUGACGCAGUUUCACCAACUCGUCAAAUUCAUGAUAGAGACAUUCGGGCGAAACUAUGUGCGCUAUCAGCAGGCGAAUUUCAGCGUCGAGAUGAUCGGCCUGAUAAAUUCAUUGCAGCCGAACGCAGAGAAGUUAACCCGCAAGACGGUGCAGUUGCUCAUGUUUCAAUCGCCCCACACGUUUUACUUCAAGCUCAUACGAACAUUGUAUGAUAUGGGAAGGGAGCACAGCGAAUAUUAUGUCGACAUGACCCUCGAAGUUAUGGACCGACAUAGAGAGAUCGCGACGUACUACAUUCGCGAAUACAUUGAGGCACUCUUGUGGGAGGAUUUUGACUUGAGACUGAAUGCUGCGCUUUGUUAUAUGACACGUCGUAUCUACGAACUUGAGUUUGUUGAUCAGGGAUCCUUCAUCGAAUAUUUUCUAUUGCGUGGCGUGAAAGAUGCGUACAAAAAGCGCGAACUCGACGCAGUUCAUAAACUGUUGACACUGUUCGAGCAACUAUGGCCGCCCCUGCUGACCGUGUACUGUGCGACAAAACAAAAUAUGGUUCGUCGAGUUGGCUUGGCUGUCGCAAUUGGCUUAGCUGAACAGAUCGGUGGUCUGCGUAAUGAUAUGGGGCAACACGAGAAGCAGGAAAGCAAACAGGUGGAUCCAAUUGAUCUUGUUACGAUGAUUAUCGAGUUACUCGAGCCGACGCUCGAGCGCCUUCAAAAGAUUUGCUCUGACGAAGACAUGCAAGAGAUACUAGAAAAGAUGACAGUGGAACCGUUGUCUACCCAGUAUUACUUUCAUAAACAUCUUCGGCCGCAACCCAAGGCCAUCGAAUGCGAUGGGAACGAGACGACGGUUGCACCCUCCCUCUCGUUUGCUGCCUUUUUGUACCAGCAUGAACUGCGGCCUCCGGUGGAUGACGAACGCAUCACAACAUUCCUAGUGCAGGUGCUUCCACAAUGCACCCUGACGGAGGCACUAGGUUUGGCGCGUGACGACAUGCUUAAAGCGCAUCUUUUCGAUGCCCUCGCUACGUUGGUGGAAAAACAGACCAAUCGCUACAACAGUUUGGGAUGCCGUCUAGCAAAACAUAUACAAGGCUUGGCGCAGAUUUUGCUGCCUUCCGCCAAAACCAGUGAGGAGCGCAACGCCUGGGUGCAAACUUUGCGUAAUCUGUUACAGCGUCUGCCUAAGGAACUGUGGCAGGAUGAAACGUUUGUCCAUCAGCUGCAGGCCUCGUAUCGAUUGAUACACAACAACGACAACGAUGUUGACCUCGACUUGUUGCAAAGUUACUUUAAUCAGCAUACGGAUAAUUUACAGACAAAUGCUGACUAGCAGUGUCUUUUCUUCUUCUCUUUGAUUAUUUUUUUCAACAUAACUUCGCACAGUAAUGCACACUUUGGAUUUUCUUAUGUUUGUUUAUUUUUCUUUAUCUUACCAAAAUUUGAAAGGAAAAAAAGAACAGAAAUCUUCAUGGAAAUUUGAAGUUCGAUGAAUAAAUUUUUCAAAUGCAGUGU